UUCCGCUCACCCCGACCGGACGACCCGUUUCGAUUUGGCAAAAAACGAAAAAAAAAAAAUCGAACCCUCCGAUCCAAAAUCCCACCUCGACCCAUCUGCGAACCUCGCCGCCGGCGAGGAACCCUACCCAAAACUUCGCCGGAGACCAGCACGAGCUAGCCCAGCCCCAGCGCCGUCCCACCAUGCGGAAGAACUUCCGCAAGCGGAACCUCGAAGAGGCGGACGCCGCCGACCACUCCGACGACGAGGACGCCCGCCGCGUCGCUCUGGAGGAGAUCAAGUAUAUGCAGAAGCUCCGGGAGAGGAAGCUGGGUAUCCCCGCCGCUGCCGGCGCGUCGUUGGCUCCUCCCGACGGGGCCUCUCCUCGCGGGAGAGGAGGCGGCGGUGGUGGGUUAGCGGCCGCCGGGGAUGCCGAGAAGGAGGACCUCGUCCUGCAGGACACCUUCGCGCAGGAGACCGCCGUCACCAUCGAGGACCCCAACAUGUUGAGGUAUGUGGAGAACGAGCUCUUGAAGAAGAGGGGCAAGAAGGUUGAUGUGAAAGACAAGGAGGAGAAAGACCAGGUCGAUGAGCUCUACACCGUACCGGAUCACCUCAAGGUUAGGAAGAAGAACUCGGAAGAGAGCUCUACACAGUGGACCACCGGCAUUGCUGAAAUUCAGCUGCCUAUUGAGUACAAGUUAAGAAACAUUGAAGAAACUGAGGCAGCUAAAAAGAUGCUGCAAGAGAAAAGGCUUGCCGGUAAAGCAAAAUCAGAUGCUAACAUUCCGUCAAGCUAUAAUGCUGACUAUUUCCAUCGUGGACAAGAUUACGCUGAAAAGUUGCGAAGAGAGCAUCCUGAACUGUACAAAGAUCAAGAUUCACAGGGUAAUGGAACUGGAGGUAAAUCAAUAGGGGGUAACAAACCAGAUGGUGCAGGACGGAGAGAAGCUGCUACCGAUGAGUUGUUGCUUGAGCGUUUCCGCAAGCGUGAAAAGUUCCGUGUCAUGCGCAGAUAAGGUGAAAUGCAAUAGGAUGCUAACUUGGUACUAUUUCCUUUAAAGGACAAGCAUGUCAGUUUGACCAUAUUUCACCCUCUAUAUGUGUUGGCUAUGGCUUUUGCUUGAUUGCUUCUGAAGCCCAUGUCCAUGGUUCAUUUAUUGGCGUGUUUAAGAAGCAUUUGGGAAAAUUGGGCAGGUCUUCAGCAGCAAUCAUGAAUCUCUGUUUUUUCGUUGAUACUGCUGGUUCAUCCAUGGAUAAAUUCCCCAUGAUAUCCUGGCUACCAAGAUGGUCAUUCUGCUAUUUGCACAACCUCCUUGCUCCUUAUUUAGUAUUUACUAACAAUUCCUAGGAUGUAAGCCAGCACUGGCAGUGUACCUUAUGUUGUGUUUCUUUAAAAAGGAAAACUCAGCUUUGCUGAUAUUGUAAUCUGAAACAAGGAAAAACUGUCAGUGAGAGUGCGAGACAGUGAAGAAGUUGAUUUUCUGGUCGUUGACCUCUGCUGGGAAUAUAGAUCAAACACACUGCGUA